AUGUUGAAUAACUUGAUUACUGUUGGUGCAUUAUUUGCCGUUUUUGCUAACGCUUCUUUGAUUCACAAUCAACCAAGAGAUGGUGUCAUUACAUUAGAUUUGGUAUUGCCAACUAAUGAGGAUUUAGAAAAAAGGCAAAUAGGUGAGACUGAUUAUUUCCUCAAAGGCACAAAUUGGCCUAAAGCUGUUGUUCAAGUAGGUUCAAAUAAAGACUCGGUAUUAUUGGUUGUAGACACUGGUAGCUGGUUAGUUCAAGUACCAGAUAUUAGUUCUAAUUGUUCUGCUUGCUUACUUCCAAAUGGUGAAGUUGGAUUAUUUAACUCAAACAAAUCUACUACUAUUGAAAGAACUGGAAAGCCUUUUAAAUCAAAGUUUGACCAGAACGCUUAUUAUUAUGGUGAGGCUGUUAUUGAUGACAUUUGGCUUGGUUCAAAUUUUAAAAUUCCAAAAGUUUUGUUCAACGAUGUUAGUGAUAUUGGAAAAGGAUGGCCAUAUGGUUUAUUAGGACUCGCUAAACCUCCUAAAGGCUCGGAGAAUGAAAAUGUUGUUUUGUCAGCAUACAAGGCGGGUUUAAUUUCAAAGCCUAUUGCUUCAUUACAUUCCAGAAACUCUAGUGGUACAAGUUUACAAUUAUUUUUGGGAGGUUAUAGUAAAGCGCAAACAAUCGAACCUUUCAGUUGGCAUUCAAUUAGAGAUAGUAAUAUACACGCGUAUAUUGAUUCAUUUAGUAUCAAUGGCAAAAACAUUCCUGUGAAUAGUAACGCAACUUUUGAUACAGGAAAUUCACGCAUUUUUGUGCACAAGGACGUUUAUUCUGGGAUUUUGAACGCUUUACCAGAUGAUCCAAACAACGCUAAAGGAAGUAAUAAAAUUGAUUAUUCUUUAAUCAAAGAUAAAACAUUUACAUUGACUUUGUUUGGUAAGAACUACACAAUUCCAUUAAUAGCUUUCAUUGAACCAGAUUGUCAGGAUCAACAUUGUGGAUUGAUGGUUUUUUCCACAGCUGCAUAUAAUAUUGGAUCAGCACUUUUACGUUUCUUAAAUUUAGCUAUUGAUUAUGAAGUUGGAAAUGAAAAAAUCGGUUUGGCUCAGUGGAAAGCAUCAAACACUAAUAAUGUUGUUUCGUUUUAG